GGCAGGGCCGCUAGCUGCAGGGGCCUUGGCUCCGGAGCCGCACUGGCCCAGGGCCGCGGAGCCGGCAUGCGGGCGCGGUGGCGGGCGCUGUGGCUGGCGCUGUGGCUGGCGCGGCUGGGGCCCGGGGCGCUGGGCGGCUGCGGGGACGCGGGGCGCUGCUGCCCCGGCCGGGACCCCGCCUGCUCCGCCCGCGGUUGGAGGCUCGACCGCGUCUACGGCACUUGCUUCUGCGACCAAGCCUGCCGCCGCGCCGGGGACUGCUGCUUCGACUACGACCGGGCGUGCCCAGGCCGCCCGUGCAUCGUGGGGGAGUGGAGCCCCUGGAGCGGCUGCUCGGACCAGUGCCGGCCCGGGACCCGCGUGCGGCGGCGCCCGGUGCGGCAGGAGCCGCUGAACGGCGGCGCGGCGUGCCCGGCGCUGGAGGAGCGGGCCGGCUGCCUGGAGUACCGGACGCGGCGGGGCCAGGACUGCGGCGGCGCCUUCGCCCCUGCCUUCAUAACUACCUCCGCCUUCAACAAGGAGAGAACAAGACAAGUGGCCUCCCCGCACUGGUCUGCAGACACACAGGAAGCCGGGUACUGCAUGGAGUUCAAGACUGAGUCACUGACUCACCACUGCGCCAGGGAAAACCGCCCUCUGACGCGAUGGAUGCAGUACCUGCGAGAGGGGUUCACGGUGUGUGUCAACUGUCAGCCUCCAGCCAUGAACUCGGCAAGCCUCCGCUGUUCCGGAGACGGCCUGGACUCCGAUGGAAAUCAGAUUCUCCACUGGCAAGCAAUUGGCAACCCUCGAUGUCAAGGAACUUGGAAAAAAGUCCGGCGACUAGACCAGUGUUCUUGUCCUGCUGUGCACAGUUUUAUAUUUAUAUAGACCGUAAGGUAAAUCUCAAAGUCUGUUUGUAAACAGGUUAAAUACUAUCAAGUCAUGUUUAAUGCUUCAUAAACCUUGAAAAAUUGUGUGGCCGGGUUCCUGAGACACGUCAUUGCCAUACUCUGAAGGAGAAAGACAAUUUAGGUGCUAAUUUUCAAGAAACAUGGCGCUCAGUUGAGGACUCACCCUGAAGUCUCCUGUGGUUUUGUGUCCUUGACCUCCCACAUAGUCUUCUCAUUCUACAGGUGGUCCAUGCAACACAAAAUACAUUUGUUUGCACUAGAAUUACUACAACAUAGUCCAUUUGUUGGUAAGUUGUCAUAUAAGGGUAUCCAUGCUUUACAGAAAGGGGAGAAAAAAUGCAAUAUUCAAUCUUCAAAAAUGUAUAGAUAUAUGAACACUCACAUUUCUUAUGUUAUUUCCACAAACUCUGAAAUGACUAAUUUCAAGCAAAAAUCUCACAAAAAUUUUCCAUAGGACAAAGUAUUUAAGAUAUAGUAAACAUUCUGUAAUAAUCCAAUAGCUCUGCAAAAAAUACUUUUCAAUUAACUGAAGAAUAGUUCUUCAAAGAGCAAUGAGUUCCUUUAAAUAUACUUUUAAUGAGAAACUUUGGCACCAAUGACAAACAAUUAUGAAAAUUCUACCAUCUUUAGAAUCUAAGAUUAUUGCUAAAGCCUGAAACUGACCAAAAUCAUCUUUCAAAUUUAGUUGUGAACUCACUACUUAUUUUCUGCAGCAUAUCAUAUUCAUUUUCUUACGUUUGGAGUGGAAGACAGGAAUAGACAUUUUCCAUCUCUAUUAAGCUUGCUAUUGAAGGCUGGGAUUUUAUUAUAGAUCUUUGACCUCACAAGUAACAAAUACAGCGACAUAGAGUACUAGUCUUAUUUAUAAUUGGAAAAUCAGUGAGACAAAGUCACUUAAGCAUCUGGGAUGCCAAGUGAUUCUGCAAGUCAGCCACGGAGCCAAUCCGGCUUCUCACACAGAAGUGGUUCGAUGGGAAGCCGGACUAUGCCAAAGACGGCGCUGUAAAAGCGCAGCCCUUUCCUUUAACAAAUCUUAAAUCCAGGAUAUUUUCUUUGGAAAAUUGAAUCUCAAGAUUUAAAUUGUAUGAAAUUCAUUUGUAUAAAAUAUUUUACACUAGCAAAUGAUUUAUAUUUCUCUAUACUUACCAUGUAAUGACAAUAGCAAGCUUAAUAGAGAUGGAAAAUGUUUAAUACUGAGAGUAUUUAAUUUCCUGACUAAAUAUUCACUUAACUAUCUGAUUUUUGUGGUAAAUUCUUCAGAAAUUAAUAAACAAAUUUACGUCUCAUCAAGGGUUAAGAGUUCAAUUGUAAGUUCAGUAUUAACAUUUUAUGAUCAUUUCUAACAUUUGUCAAGCAAGGUUUUUGAAAAUAUACCUGGGUAGUUUUCAAUGUUACUUAAAAUUUUUAUACCAGUAAAUAAACUUUCUGUUCACAUUUUAAAAA